ACAGCUCCAACUUAAUUUUCAGUUCAAUCUAAUUUCGUUCCAUCGUCUCCGGCAUGGAUCUCCUCCUCCUUGAGAAGGCUCUAAUCGGCCUCUUCAUCGCCAUGGUUCUUGCUAUCGCCAUUUCCAAGUUACGCGGCAAGCGAUUCAAGCUUCCGCCGGGGCCAUUGCCGGUGCCUAUAUUCGGAAACUGGCUCCAGGUCGGCGAUGACUUGAACCACCGCAAUCUGACAGAUCUCGCCAAGAAAUUUGGCGAUAUUUUCAUGCUCCGGAUGGGACAGAGGAGCCUCGUGGUGGUUUCCUCGCCGGAACUGGCCAAGGAAGUGCUCCACACGCAGGGAGUCGAGUUUGGAUCUCGAACCAGAAACGUCGUUUUCGACAUCUUCACCGGUAAAGGUCAGGAUAUGGUUUUCACCGUAUAUGGCGAGCAUUGGAGGAAAAUGAGACGGAUCAUGACAGUUCCGUUUUUCACUAACAAAGUGGUCCAGCAAUACCGUCAGGGAUGGGAGGACGAGGCCGCUAGUGUGGUGGAGGAUGUGAAGAAGAAUCCAGAAUCGGCGACAACCGGAGUCGUUCUCCGGCGGCGAUUACAGCUUAUGAUGUACAACAACAUGUACAGGAUUAUGUUCGAUAGAAGAUUCGAGAGUGAAGACGAUCCUCUGUUUCUCAAACUUAGGGCUCUGAACGGAGAGAGGAGCCGAUUGGCGCAGAGCUUCGAUUACAACUAUGGCGACUUCAUCCCUAUCUUGAGGCCGUUCUUGAGAGGAUAUCUCAAAACGUGCAAGGAAGUCAAGGAAACAAGGCUCAAACUCUUCAAGGAUUAUUUCGUCGAUGAGAGGAAGAAAUUGACGAACACGAAGAAGACGACGAACGAGGGAUUGAAAUGUGCAAUUGAUCAUAUGUUGGAUGCGCAACAGAAGGGAGAAAUCAACGAAGACAAUCUGCUUUACAUUGUUGAGAAUAUCAAUGUUGCAGCAAUUGAAACAACGUUGUGGUCAAUUGAAUGGGGCAUUGCGGAGCUAGUGAACCACCCAGAAAUCCAAAGGAAGUUAAGGAAUGAGCUCGACACUGUACUCGGACCCGGGGUUCAAAUUACUGAGCCGGACGCCAUCAAGCUCCCAUACCUCCAAGCCGUGAUCAAGGAGACCCUCCGCCUUCGCAUGGCCAUUCCUUUGCUUGUGCCCCAUAUGAACCUCCACAAUGCCAAGCUAGGCGGCUACGACAUUCCAGCUGAGAGCAAGAUCUUGGUCAAUGCAUGGUGGCUUGCUAACAACCCAGGCAACUGGAAGAACCCAGAAGAGUUCCGCCCCGAGAGGUUCUUGGAAGAGGAGUCCAAGGUAGAGGCCAACGGCAACGAUUUCAGAUACCUACCCUUCGGUGUUGGGCGAAGGAGCUGCCCUGGCAUCAUCCUGGCUUUGCCUAUCCUUGCCAUUACAAUUGGGCGUUUGGUUCAGAACUUUGAGCUCCUUCCCCCUCCUGGUCACUCCAAGUUGGACACAACAGAAAAAGGUGGGCAAUUUAGCUUGCACAUAUUGAAGCACUCCACCAUUGUUGCUAAGCCCAGGGUGUUCUAGACUUUGUUUCCCAACGGUCUCUUUGUUCUAGACUUUGUUUAAUAAAUUUAAAUUUCUUACCUGAAA